AUGUCUUCGAUCCGCUCUCACCUUUCACUCGUCCUCCUACUCCUCGUCCUACUCGCCACGGUCCUGGCAGGGACCGUAUGGGGUCUGCCCAUCUCGAGGCUCGACGAUCGGGUCCUUCGUCGAAGCGGCGAAGGCGGAGGGGGACGCAGCUACCCGCUUCCGGAGCCCGGCCAGAAGAGAUACAUCCGCUACAGCGAUCGGCCUCCUCGCGUCGCGCUGCCGCUGCCUCCUCCUAAGCUCUGGGGUCCGGGCCCGCACGUGUCGCAGCCGCUACCCCGCCCGCCGCAGAACAGCAGAGCCGCCACCCGUACCGCACUCCCCGUCGUCGAGGGUGCGCGCAGCUACCCGCUUCCGGAGCCCGGCCAGACGAGGUUCAUCCGGUACAGCGAUCGGCCUGCGCGCGUCCCGCUGCCACUGCCCCCCUCCUAA